UCAUCCAAGAUAGGUCUCAAGAGUGGCCUGGAAGAAUGUACAGUGGCAUUGAACUUGUUUCUAAGUAACAGAUUUUCAGAUGCCUUAGAAUUACUCCGUCCAUGGGCAAAGGACAGCAUGUACCAUGCCUUAGGCUAUAGCACCAUUGUGGUGUUGCAGGCUGUCAUGACCUUUGAGCAACAGGACAUACAAAACGGCAUUUCUGCUAUGAAGGACGCUUUGCAAACCUGUCAAAGAUACAGGAAAAAAUGCACGGUGGUAGAGUCUUUUUCAAGUCUCCUUUCCAGAGGAUCAUUGGAGCAGCUGACUGAAGAGGAAAUGCAUGCCGAGAUCUGCUAUGCCGAGUGUCUCCUUCAGAAAGCAGCACUGACGUUUGUGCAGGAUGAAAAUAUGAUCAACUUUAUCAAAGGUGGACUCAAAAUUAGAACAAGUUACCAAAUAUAUAAGGAAUGUCUUUCUAUCCUGCAGGUCAUUGAGAAGCGCAAACUUGAGCAGCAGUUCUUCUCUGAGUUUGAAGGGGGUGUCAAACUUGGAAUAGGAGCAUUUAAUUUGAUGCUGUCCCUUUUACCAGCAAGGAUUAUCCGACUACUGGAGUUUAUUGGAUUUUCUGGAAACAGGGAGUUGGGACUCAUGCAGUUACGGGAAGGUGCAUCUGGAAGAAGCAUAAGGGCUCCACUGUGCUGCUUAACGAUCCUGGCUUUUCAUACCUAUAUCAGUCUGAUACUUGGUACAGGAGAAGUGAAUAUUAUGGAAGCAGAGAACCUCCUUGCACCCUUCCUCCAGCAGUUUCCAAAUGGCUCGCUCAUGCUGUUCUAUCAUGCCCGAAUAGAGCUGCUAAAGGGCAAUGUACAAGAGGCACAAGAAAUAUUCCAAAAAUGCAUUUCAGUUCAAGAAGAGUGGAAACAGUUUCACCAUCUUUGUUACUGGGAGCUGAUGUGGAUUUACGUAUUCCAACAAAACUGGAUACAGGCGUAUCACUACUCAGAUCUUCUCUGCAAAGAGAGUAAAUGGUCUAAGGCAACAUAUGUAUUCCUGAAAGCUUCAAUUUUGAGUAUGCUUCCAGAGGAGGACGUAGUACCAACUAAAGAGAAUGUGGUAGCUUUAUUCAGGAAGGUGGAAUGCUUGAAGCAGAGAAUUGCUGGUAAAUCUAUCCCCACUGAGAAGUUUGCUGUGAGGAAGGCCCGCCGGUACUCGGCCGUUCUGCCUGCGCCUGUGAGGCUCGUCUUACCUGCCCUGGAAAUGAUGUAUAUUUGGAAUGGUUUUCCAAUCGUGAGCAAAAGAAAAGACCUUUCUGAAAGUUUGCUGGUAACUGUUGAAAAGGCGGAGGCAGCUUUGCAAAAAGAAAACCUGAAUGAGUACUCUACGGAUGAUGAGUGCUUGGUGAAGUUACUGAAAGGAUGCUGCCUGAAGAACUUGCAGCGGCCCCUGCAAGCUGAACUGUGCUUCAAUCACAUUAUUCAAAGUGAAAAGCUACUGAAGUAUGACCACUACCUAGUGCCAUUCACUCUGUUCGAGUUGGCAUUUCUGUACAAAAACCAAGGAGACAUUGACAAGGCCAUCAAGGUCCUAGAAACUGCAAGAAACAACUACAAAGAUUACUCCAUGGAGUCUCGGCUACACUUCAGAAUUCAGGCAGCUCUCCACCUCUGGAAGAAAUCUCCCGCAGACUGA